AUGACAACAGACGGUCUCUCCGACAGAAGCGCUCGCAGAAGAAUAAGAGCCAGGCACACCAAGUCUCGCAAAGGGUGCUUUACCUGCAAGGGCCGCCGAGUCAAGUGCGACGAAAUCAAACCAAUAUGUGGUGCUUGUGCCUUGAGAGACGAGCCCUGUAACUGGCCUGCCACAACAGGUUCUCAAGGGCCCGAUACGCCGGAUCGGUCACAGGCUGACUCCGACCAGACUGGCCGCGCUAAAGCACCCCAAGAUCAAUCCAAGCGCAGAGCAGCGCAUCCAGGCUCAGGGUCACCGCACCCGUUGCAGUUUGAUAUCGCAUCGGAUGCAGCCGGUGGCCGUUCGACUCCCCUCCCCGGGGAGUUGAACAUGGUUGAUCUGCAGCUCCACUCUCAUUUCAUGCUGCACACCUGCAAGCACAUGUCGCUGAACCCGCGCCGGCAACACAUCUGGGAGACCGUCAUCCCCCGCUUUGCCAUGCGGAAUGAGGCCCUCAUGCACCUCCUUCUCGCCUUGGCAGGGCUGGACUACGCUUCAGACAAGACAACCGACCAGCAACCAGCACAUACGUCUCCAGACAUGGAGAGCCAGCCCUCGUCGACCAUUGCAGACCACGACCACGACCACGACCACAACCACGUCCUGGACGCCGCAUACCUCCAGGUCAUCAUCGAGCACCACCAACGCGGCCUGGAAUCGUUCAGGACGGAGCUCGCGAACCUGUCCAGCACGAAUCUCAACCUCGUGUUCGCGGGCUCGAUGCUGCUGGUCGGGUUCGCCCUCGCGUCCCUCCGCAUCCGGAACCUGAACGACGCACACUCGCCACCAGGCCAGCCGCGGCUCGACUGGAUCUUCCUCAUCCAAGGCCUGUGCACCGUCAUCACGCACAACUGGCCGGAGCUGCGCAUGGGCCCGCUGCGAGACUUGACGGAUUACAGCCACGCGAAUGACGACUGGCGAUUAUGUCCGCGGGACGCCCUUCGCUCAAUGUCUUCCAUACGUCGAGGGUGCUCGCCCCGUCUGGUUGCGUUCUGUCGCGGCGCGGAUGAGGCCUUGACACAGCUGGUUGGAUACCAUGCGUCCUUGGCCGCCCGGGAGGGGCAGAUCCUGGCGGAGCAGAAGGCUGCCCUGGAGCUCCUGGAGGGGAUGUACAUGCGGACGCUGUAUGUCGUGCACUUUUCGAGCGAGGCGCGAGAGUCGCCGCUUGAUGUGCAGGCUGAUCUGGAAGACGCGGCGCUCAUGGCUUGGGCGGAGUUUCUGCCGCCGGGGUUUCUGGAUACUCUGGCUGGUGGCGGGGUGUGUUCGACGCUGUCGUAUGUGAUCCUGGCGUACUUUCAUCUGCUCUUCACGCUGUUUGAAUCCUUUUGGUAUGUUAAGGGGGGUUUUGAUGGGGAGAUUGUCAAGAUUAAGGCGCUGGUGGAUAUGUCGGGAGAGGCAGAGUUGAUGUCGUUGAUGCAGUGGCCGGUGUCUGUUGUUGCUGUUUAUCCUACAUAG